AUAUUUUGACAGGUGAAACUCAUGUUGGGGAAGUGUUUGUGAUGUACAGAGGUGAUGUUGAUAAUAUGGACGAUUCUGAUGUUAACAGCGCAAAUGAACUCGUUCUUUCUACGUUUUCAGCAAAUGUUCCUGCAACAGAUGUCAGUAACGGUGGCUCCAAUCGAGUAUCAGCUAUAUUCCUGAUAGUGAAUGCUGCCCUGGGAGCUGGUCUUUUGAAUUUCCCUCAAGCUUUUGACCAGGCUGGUGGAAUAGCAACUGCUGUGGUUGUGCAGGUGGUACUGUUAGUAUGGAUACUGGGAGCACUGGUGACGCUGGCACACUGUUCAGAUGAGACAGGGGCGCGCACACUGCAGGACAUACUGGAGGGUCUGUGUGGAACUCCAGGUCUUAUCGCGUGUUGCCUCUGUGUCGCUUUGUACUGCUUUGGCACCUGCCUCACCUUCCUCGUCAUCAUAGGUGAUCAGUUUGACAGAGUAUUUUCGUCACUUCACGGAUCUGACUUCUGCCAUUACUGGUAUAUGAAUCGCAUCUUUACAAUAGUGGCAAGCUCCACAGUGUGUAUUCUUCCAUUUUGUUAUUCCAGGAGGAUUGAUUUUCUCAAAUAUGUCAGCUAUUUGGGUGUGGGAGCUGUCUUUUAUGUUGUGGUGCUCAUAGUGUACCAAAAAUUCGCAGGAGAAUUUAUUCCUGGUCCAAUUAAAACUAGUCCAACAGAAUGGACUGAUAUGUUUCUGGUGGUCCCAGUUAUUUGUUUUGGAUACCAGUGUCAUGUCAGUGUGAUACCAAUUUAUUCCUGCCUCCAUGAACGCACCAUAUUUAAUUUUUCAAUAUGUUGUGGAGCAGCUGUCUUUAUUUGUAUGCUGUCAUACACUCUUGCUGGAACAUUUGGAUACCUGACAUUUGGUGCCGAUGUCACAAGUGAUAUUCUGGAGUCUUAUUCGGGAUACCAUCCAUCUGUCCUGAUUGGUAUUACAGCUAUUGCUAUAAAGACAUACACAACCUAUCCAAUACUACUAUUCUGUGGAAGGGAGGCAGUAAACAAAAUAUGGUGUACAUUUUUCUACAACAGUCAGGCCGAUAUUGCAGUGAAAGAACCAAUGAGACGAGUUGUAAUAGCAACAACAUGGUUUAUAUUAACAUUGCUCUUAGCAGUGCUCAUCCCUGAUAUGGGAAUUGUGAUAGAUUGUCUGGGAAGUCUUGCAGCUAUUUUCAUAUUUGUUUUCCCAGGUAUAUGCUGGAUGCAGUCGACAUUACAUAAAGAUCCACUUAUUGUUUUAAAUAAAGAUAGGUUUUAUGUAUUUUUGUCUGUGUUGUAUAUACUGACUGGGACAUUUGUAUUUGGGGUAGUCCUAGUGCAGGCAAUUGAAAGAUUCUCAGAAAAAGACCAAUCACCUAUCAGACUGUGUGUGUAGCCAGUGCAUGUGUGUGCCCUCAAGCACUGGUGUAGGAAACAUCUGUUAUUUAUUUAUACAUUCCUAUUUAUCUGGUUAAGACAACAUUGUGCUUAUUAAAAGUUUCAUUAAUGAUCUCUGAAAACUUUUGACUGCUUGAUCAUAAAAUGUGAUUCAUAUAUAUUGCUUCCAGAUUUUGUUGUAAUUUUAAAAUACUAAGUUAAUUAAUUUGAUAAAUUUACAGAAUGUGCACAUAUUGCUUCAGUAAAUUUAGACUGGUCGUGAUGCUCAGGGAAACUCUAGAAUGGAGUAGCCACCUAGAUAGUUUACAUUGCAUACAUUUGAUGAUAUCAAAAGUGCAUGGAGGAUAAAUGACGAAUCAUGAUUUCAGUCAUGCCUUGUGAAUGACAGUACCUUCUAUGCUAUUUUAAAUGAUAUUUUGAGUCUGCGAUGUAGAUUUCCACUUUUUAAAUUUAUCCUUAUUCUACAAAUUAUCUUUUUUACAUAGAAAGCGUGAUGAGGACAAUUCUAUUUAUUACUUAAAAUGUAAAUACUAUUUUUAAAUUAAUGAGACUGGUAGUAAUAUUCAGAGGGAGGUAGUUUUGCUGUACGUCUGACAGAACUGUUUCAGUAGUCUUCAAAGAUGAUGUAUGAAAGGGUUGGGGAGAUACCACAAGGUAUAAGAGAAGAUUGAGGAGAAAAGCUUAAAAUGGUGUGACCAUGGGCAUUUGAAGAGAAUGAAGGUAGCAAAGAUGCCUGAGAAGAUGAGUGUGAGAAAGAUAAAGGGCAGGAGACCAGUAGGGAGGCCAAGGCAGGAGACCAGUAGGGAGACCAAAGAACAAAUGGCUAAAAGGAAUGGCAGAAAUCAUCCUGAAGAGAGAAGAGUGAGCCAGACUAGUGACAGAGAGGUGACAGGAAGAUUGGAGAUGGUGGCAAGGAUUGGUCUAGGCAGGCUGUGUCCGUGGCAGAUAACUGUGCAUGACGAUGAUGAUGAUAACUACUCUGUAAUUAGUAACUUUGCAGAUUAGUUUCUAAACCAGUUUGUUAUAAAUGAGAGAACUAUGUGGAUUAGUUCACACUAAUUUAAAUUAAACUGAAAGAAGAGUCCUUGAUAAACUUUCAUAAUUUGUGCUUCUGGUGGACACUGUGUUAAUGUGAGCACUAUUUUUUAUUUUUUAUUUUUAUCAAGUACACAAUCUGAGGGAGCAUAUUUUAGCUGCAAAAAUGUUGCAUAAAAGGAAGUCAAAAAGCUUUAUGAAAAUUUGUACAAUAAUAGGCAGAUUUUUCUGGGUUUUAAGACUGACAUAUACAUCUUUGAUGGCAUGGUGUUUUACUAGCCAGGGAAUUUUAUACAUAUUUUUUUUUUCUUUUGAUAGAUGGUGAUCCACUACAUUCAUUAGUUUCUGUUAAUAGACUGAUACUGUUGGUGUGGAGAGUAGUUUUUUGUUGACUCUCGGGUGCAUUGUUGCCCUUUAUUGUAUGUAUGUUUUGUGUGUGUGCCACGGCAGUAGUUUCCCAGAGUGAUGCCAACUUUUCUUUCUUUCUUUCUUUUUUCUUUUCUUCCCAUUAAAGUUAAAAGGGAUGAUUCUGGAUUUUAGUAACCUCUUUUUGACUAGAAACUUGUCUCACUACAUUAGGACAAUGUGAACAAGAAUGAGAUAAUUGUUCUAUAACACUCUGGUCUUCUUGGUGGAGGACAUGAUUGUGAACAUGGAAGUUACCAUUUAAAAUCUUUAUCCCUACUUACCACAGACUUUGUGUGGCUUACAGCAUGGUGCAAGCCCAUCUUGUUGACGUCAUAUUGAUGCCUUAUGUUUUAGAUGUAUGAAGUAUAACUGUUACUGUAGGCAGCCAUGAGAUUAUUCGUAGAGAUUAGCAUUAUUUUUUGUGUUUUUGAUGCUGAAGAUAGAUGCGGAAGAGUGCGAAACCAGGUAUCUGCUCAUAAUGCACUAUUCUUGAAGAGUGCUUGUAAGGCUGCAGAGCUUAAGUCGUUAUUACUGGGACAGAUAACCAUCAAUGCCAUUCCUCUGAGAUACUGCAGGGAAUGUUAGAAUACAGAACAUGAGAUGGGAGCAAAAUGUGAUAUGGAAAUUCAUUUCGCGUUACUUCUCAUCCAUUGCUAGUCAGAUAUUGGUGAUGGAAAUUUAUUCAACAAAGAUAAUUUGUUUCUGCUUUCAUAGUAGAGUGCCAGUGUAAAAUUAUGCUCUAGUGACUUUGGCUUCAGUGAUAUCUGGUCUACAACUAAGCAGAGGAAGUAUGGCCAAGACAGCUGGCAAAUUUAAACUGCCGUUCCUGCUUUCAUUGAUUUUGUAUUUUAUUUUCAUUCGUCCCCUUAUCUACACAGGCAGCUUGGCCAUGUGAUACUGGAAAAGACUGUUUAUGUACUAGGUGGAUGCACAUAGACUUAAGAUGAGAUAGUCUAUAAAACCCAUCACUCAAAAACAAAGAUGAUGUGACUUACCAUACGAAAGCGCUGGUAGGUCGAUAGAAACACAAACAGACACAUACAUACACACAAAAUUCUAGCUUUCGCAACCAAUGGUUGCUUCGUCAGGAAA